CUUACUUAUUUCUGCUCCCAGGAACCUGACAAACAGCACCAUCAAACAAACGGAUAAACAAAUAUCUCAAAAAGUGUAUUCAUACGCCAAGAAAAACGUGAGUAAAAAUUAUCCGAUCAUCUUGAUGAAGCCCGCAAUAAAAGAAGAAAGGUGGAGAGAGGACCGCUUAUCGCAACUAUUAGUCAUUGUCGUCGGUCGCGCUUAGCUCGAAUGACCGAGCAAAUUCUCCGGCAUUAGUACCGCAUCGCGUGAUCCGCAGACCACAAGUCGUGCAAUUUUGUCAGGUCGUUGCCGAAGCUCGUAUCACCGUGGCGAACGAGAUACAACUGCCAAGUUGUGGUCGAAUUAUUCACACGAGCACUACGGAAUUCGACAUGCGGAUCCGCGAAACUUUGGCACAAUAAUUCAGGAUGAAGAGACUCGGGCGAAACGUUGCGGCGACAAGGAUGCGGGAAUUGAACGUUGCAUUGCGGCCGCUUCGAAUCGUGUCGCAGAUUCUGGGCCUGAACAUACAGGGAAAAUGGGGUAGGGCCUACACACUCUGGGUCUUCCUGGUGGUGGGAGGGCUGCUUUACGGGAGUUUCGUCUUCCUGUUGAGCGGAAAGGCGGAGACGCUGACCAACAUCGACUCGCUGAUUUUGUGGGCGCAGGCGGCGGCGAACGCGAUCCUGGUGGCGGUUAUCCUGGUCACAUGCCUCGUUCAACCGCACCGUUUCCUCUUUCCGAUCCAGGACAUGAGACGGGUCGACGUGGUGCUCAGGUGGCUUGAAACCCCGUUGAAAACACCGCCUCGCGGACUAAUCGCCAUCAGCGUUUCUUCUGCUUUCAGGUAUCUCGGUGCCAGGAUAACGAACGCGUGGCUCCGCCGCAGGCAGCUCGUCCAGAUUUCAAUGUCAUUGGCCUUCCCGGUGGUCCUUGGAUACCGGGACCUCUUCAAGAUGUUCCAGUUGAGCUCUGUCCUGAUCCUCGUCCACUGUCUCUGCUACGGCUACGCGGUCUCGUCCACCAUGGUCAUCGACUGCCUGUUCGUCGAUUACCUAGCCGUGAUAACCGACCGGUUUUCCGAGCUCAACCGAGUGCUCAAGGCCUUUGUCGAGCAUCGCAAACCGCCCGUUGGCCUGGGCCUCGUCUUCGUUGCUGCCGACUCCGAUCGAGGAACCCUCGGCAACGAGAACGCGAGGAUCGUCGCAAACGUCGAGAAACUUCGACUAGCUCAUCACGACCUUUGUGAGAUCUCGAAGAAGGUGAACGGAUCCUUCGGUGUCCAGCUCCUCGCCAUCACAGCGAUUUCUCUCGUCAUGGUGACCGGGCAGCUCUACGAGGCUUACCACUUCAUCCUGCUGGAGCAGAAUCCCGCCGAAAUAGCAGUCCAGAAGGUGAUGUGGUUCACUUUCUACGUCGGGCGUCUUUCCUACGUUAGCUACGCGUGCAGUCGGGCCAGCAACGAGGCGAGUCGCACCGCUGUUAUCAUCUAUGAGAUUCCUUUGCACCAGGCGUCGAGCCUUCUGAGCACUCAGGUAAAUUAUGUUUCACCUUUUUUCAAAACUUAUACCUGUGGCUACGUCGAUCUCCCGACCGUUUCAGAUUCAGCACUUCUGUCUUCAGAUGUCUCAAGAGAGUCUGAAUUUCAACGCCUGCGGAUUCUUCACCAUCGAUCGGAGACUACUCAGUGCGAUCGUUGGAGUGGUUUCAACCUACUUGGUGAUACUGAUACAAAUGGACAGGAAAACAGUAUGCAGUUAGGUAUUGGAACGCCAGUUGUCAGGAUAAAUAAAAAACCAAACAAUCGAUACCCUUAUUACCCCGCAAUUCGCACCCUGAUGAGAUAUUUGCUUCUAGAUCCCUUUUACUUAAGUAUCAUAUUAAGUUUUCUCAGUUUUUACUUGUAUAAUGCUCUCCAUCUAGAUCACGAUGACGAAUUGGGUAACGUCGAAACAAAUUCACUCACGAUUGUAAAACCGAUCAAACUCAGGUCGAAGAAUCCGUCGCAUCGGUCACGAAAAAGAGCUGCUCCUGGACUUGGAAUGAGAUGUGGAAGGCUUCGUCAUGAAAUUUGUGAAACCCUUUCUUGAUCCGCAUUGCGUUGAUCGGAGAGGCAGUCUUGUUCGCCUGCAAGACAAAUCGAUAAUAAUAUCAGCCAUUCAGAUGAUUGAGAGACUCGGCGGGGUCUCGAGAAUAAAACGUUCGCCUCUGCGCUGGUGACAUAGCGGCUGAACACAUGAGCGAAGCACGGGUGGUCCAAGUGCAAUUCGUUCAGAGGCCUUCGACCAUGCCGUUUCAUCGCUUCGUAGUUCCGAUAGAUCUGCUCGGUGAGGAAUUAUGAAAUAAAGAAAUAUCAGUUGAAUCACCAAGUCGAACAAUUGUUUUACCGAAAGAUUAUUUAUCCGAAAAAGGUUUUUCAGGAUAGUUUGCAUACCCAAUGAACAAAUCACAGAAUGUAUAAGAGAUGUGGAAAAUUGAUAUUUGUGAAUUUGAAAUUAAGAACGGCAAACACUUUGAAAAUCCAAUGAACCGAAAAAAUGUGUCGAAAAUAAAAGUUGCCAAGAAGUAAAAUUUCGAUCCGGAAAAUGUAGAAUGACCAAAGCUCCGAAUGAUAGGAUGCGCUUGUCCCUGGUAUAGUGCUGGUAGACAACGACGGUAUCUAUUAACCGGCACUGAAACUGGUAGAUAAUAUGCUUUCGUUGUUUUGGCCCUUCUGUACGAAUGAGAUUCGGUACAUUGAUUUUUCGAGUUAUGGAUGUUUCGCUUCGAUAAAAUUCGGAUUUGUGAAU